ACAAAAAAACUAAAAUAAUUUUCUCAUAACAACCGGUUAACUAUAUCGGUUCGAUACGCUGCCUAAUCACGUCUGUUUUGUUGCGCUGUCUCUCUCUAAAACUCACUAAAAUGUCGCUCCUCGUGAUGAGACAAGGGGCUACUCUCUCCCUCCCUUCAGGUCUUUCUCUGCGGAAGCGACUUACCACAGUCACCACCAGGAGACGCACAGCUUCUUCGAGCCAGAGAGCUAUAUCAAUACCCCCGAAAGACCCCAGAGAGGCUGAGAGGAAGCUUGCGCAGCUCAGGAGAGACUACGCCAAGAAAGUGAGUCUGUACCGUAAAGACUACAUUCACGAGAUUGAGAUGCUUCGUGUUGAGAAGCAGCGUAAGGAUGAGGCGAGGUUGCUGGUUGAACGAGCUGCUAACGAGGAGAGGCGGUUAAGAAUUACAGAGAAUAACGCGAAACAGAAAACAAGAAAAAAAACUAAACAACGACUCAAUAUAGAAGCAAAAGCCAGACAAACACACUACCACAACUGCAGUCUCAGAGACGAAUAA